AUGAAAGUGACAAUAGCCUUCAACCAGUUUGUCACUAGCCUAACUGAGAGGAUGCCAAGCGGUGAAAAUUCCAAUGUCAAUGUACCCGUGAAUUGGUUGGGUCGAAUCUGGGGCCGUACACUCUGCACCACCGACUCAAUUACCGAAAAGUUCUCUUAUGCUACCGGAGACUGCAGUUCUGGCAAGAUAGCAUGUAAUGGAAGUGGAGGCUCUCCACCGAACACGCUGGUGGAGUUCAGUUUAGACGGCUUCAACGAUAUUGACUUUCAUGAUGUGAGCUUGGUGGAUGGGUUCAACCUGCCCUUGAUUGUUGUUCCUAUAAGUGGUUCCGGCAGUAGCUGUAAGAGCACAGGGUGCAUGGUGGAUUUGAACGCAGUGUGUCCGGCGGAGCUAAAGAAAAGUGAUUCCAAAUCCUGA